AUGUCCUUCUUCGCCAAGCUCGGCAGCGACAGCGACUCCGACUCGUCCUCGGAGUCGGAGGAGUCCCUCAUCUCGGACGAGGAGCAGCCCCAGAAGCGCAACACGAUGGCGAACAAGUUCCUCCGGACCGGCAGCGACGACAGCAGCGAUGACAGCGACGACAGCUCGGACGAGGAGGAGGAGAUGAGCGACUCGGACGACGAGGGCGGCAACGCCCGCGCCAACAAGUUCCUCCGCGGCGCUGACUCGAGCGACGAGGACUCGGACGACGAGGACAGGAUCCGUGUGCUGUCGGCCAAGGACAAGCGAUUCGCCGAGAUGGACGCGGCCGUGAACGCGCUCGCGAACGCGACCAAGGCCGGCGGUGCCGCCAACGACUGGGUCGCCGCCUCUGACCAGCUCGACAAGCUUCUCCGUUUCAUCCAGCGCCACCAGACCUCGAUGCUUGCGUCGCCGAUCCCGCCUGCGGGCCACAUUCCUCCUGCCUUCCUGAAGGCGAUCACGGAGCUCGACGAGUCGAUCGCCGAGACGGUCAAGGCUGAGAAGGGCGCGUCGAAGAAGAUGCCUGCCAACAAGGCCAAGGCGCUGAACCAGAUGCGCCAGACGCUCAAGAAGAAGACGAAGGAGUUCGAGACCCAGCUCAAGCAGUACACUUUUGACCCCGAGGCUUACACGGACGCGUACAAUGUGGCUAACACGCCCGUCAAGACGCGGAGGGCGCCCACUGCCCAGGCUGCCGCUGACGGCGCCGAGACCCCGGACAACGAGGACGGCUUCACGACCAUUGGGCGCGGUGGUCGCCAGGUCGCUCUCACUGCCGACUCGGUGUUCAAGACGCUCCGCGAGAUCUUCGACCAGCGUGGACGCAAGAACACUGACCGCGCCGAGACCAUCCGUACCCUCCAGCGCCUCCUCGAGGUCUCGGAGACGACGUACCAGCAGAUCCGUGUCCUCCUCGCCCUCAUCCCCGCCCGCCUCGACUACUCGCAGAACCUCGCCUCCAUCCCGCACGACUCAUGGGUCGCGUGCCUGAAGGAGUUUGACCAGCUUGUCACCCUCCUGCUUAAGGAGCAGGACUACACGGUCAAGGACCAGGUCCCCGAGUACGACGACAUGGCCGAGCGCACGCCCCAGACCGAGGGCGGCCGCGUCGCCGUCGCUGGAAACCUUGUCUCGCUGCUCGAGAACCUCGACAACGAGUUCACCAAGACUCUCCAGCACACUGACGCCCACGAGCACGGAGCCGAGUACAUCGAGCGCCUCCGUGAGGAGACCCCGCUGUACGUCACGAUCGCCAAGGCGCAGUCGCUGUUCGAGCGCGAGCAGUGGGCCGACCAGACUGCUCGUGCUGUCAUGCGCCGCGUCGAGCACGUCUACGCCAAGCCCGACGCCAUUGUCGACCACUUUGAGGCCGCCGUCAACAAGGCCGCCGAGCAGGAGGGCUUCACGUCGCAGAUCACGCCGUUCGGCGUCGAGCGCGACGCGUCACAGCUCAUCCACCUGCUCUGCGUCCACAUUUACCACUCGGACGCGCCUCUCCUCCGCGCCCGUGCCAUCCUUGCCCACAUCUUCAACCACGCCAUCCACGCCCGCUACCACCAGGCGCGCGACCUGCUGCUCAUGUCGCACCUGCACGACACCAUCCAGCACGCCGACGUCGCCACGCAGAUCAUGUACAACCGUGCCAUGGUCCAGCUCGGUCUUGCUGCCUUCCGCUGCGGCUUCAUCCACGAGUGCCAGACGAUCCUCCAGGACAUGUUCCAGACGCAGCGUCAGAAGGAGCUGCUCGCCCAGGCCGUCCAGCGCUACACGUCGUCGCUGUCGCCGGAGCAGGAGCUCAUUGAGAAGCGCCGUCUUCUGCCGUUCCACAUGCACCUCAACAUUGAGCUGCUCGAGGCCGCUUACCUGACGUCGUGCAUGCUCGUCGAGAUCCCGCUGCUCGCGUCGGUCGACACGGAGGAGCAGCGCCGCCGCAUCGCUUCCAAGCAGUUCAAGCGUCUCCUCGACCUCGCCGACAAGCAGGCGUUCAUGGGCCCGCCCGAGAACACGCGCGACCACAUCAUCAAGGCGGCCAAGGCGCUGCAGGCUGGCGAGUGGGAGCGUGCGCGCGACCUGAUCCUCACGAUCAAGAUCUGGGCGCUACUCGACAACGUCGACGACGUCAAGGACAUGCUCGCGCGCAAGAUCCAGGAGGAGGGACUCCGCACGUACCUCUUCACGUACGCGCCGUACUACCAGUCGCUGUCGCUCGCGCACCUCGCGACCAUGUUUGCCCUGCCGCAGCAGGCGGUCACGUCGAUCGUCUCGCGCAUGAUCUACACGGACGAGCUGGCUGCGUCGCUCGACCAGAUCGACGGUGUUGUCGUCUUCAACCGCGUCGAGCAGACGGACGUGCAGCGCCUCGCGCAGCAGCUCGCCGACCGCGCCGUCAACCUCCUCGAGCAGAACGAGAAGACCCUCGACGUCAAGCUCGGCCAGGCGCCGGGCAACGAGCGCUCGGGACCCAGGGAGAACAGCGACGGCAGGGGGCAGCGCUCAGAAAGGCGGAGCGGACGCGGAUCCUACCGCGGAAGGGGAAGGGGAAGGGGCGGAUUCAACUCGGGCCUCGGCAUGCAGCGCCGUGUUGCGGCCUAA